UUAUGGUGGUUAAAUUGCUGAUUUUCUAAACAUAUGCCAUGUCUAUUUCAGACGCGUCACAUCCAUAACGGAAUUUCGUCACAUCCAUAACGCUGACUUUUCCUUCCGAAACUCUGCAUGAAAUACAAAAUAUUUUAAACAAAGAUUUUUUAAUAUUCACCUUGGACCCCUCUAUCAAAUGGAUAUCUCCAUUUCGACAUUAGGUUUACGAUUUCACAGAGUUUGAUAAAAAUGUACAGUCACCCAAGAAAAGUGAUACUUUUUCUGUCACAUCCAUAACGCAUCUUUUAUUGACGUUUUCUGGCAUGCCCUAGAUGUACUAUGGGAAUUGUUCUUGUUCUAUCACUUCUCCAGUAUGGUACAGCCUUAAAACAUGCAACACCUGUUUAAAUACUGGGAGACAAAGCAUGCACUGGGUCAUUUGUUGCCAUUUUGAGUUCAAGUGUCACGUCCAUAACGCUGGAAUUGCUCAAGUGUUGGUUGCCUUUUUGGAGUCCUUCAUCAUUUGUGUUGUUGGCUCCCACUUAAAACAGUUCCGCUCAAGUCCAGCCAUUUUCAGGGUCAUGAUAGAGGCCAAUGUCCUGUCCAGAGACAAGCUGUUUCGGGUUGAGGUUUUGUUCAGACUGACCAUUGAAAAUACCCUCUCGGCAUCAGCAUUUGAAUGAGGAAGCACCAAAACCAAGGUUGUUGUCUUUGAUAGCCUCCCAAAUUGGUUCAAGCCAGUCACCUUUGAAAAAGGAACCAAGGGGCUCUAUUACUUAAAUGGUUUUCUUUUUAUCUUAAUAAUGAGCAAGUCAUGUUGUGUGCAAAAAAUUUCUUACUUUGUUCUUUUUUGAGGACAUUCUUCCCCAAAACUCCUCACCGUCAAAGGAUGUUGGGUGCAGUCACGUGACCCGUCCGUGUCUACUCCGCCAUAUUGGAUGGCUUCAGGAUUGUUUACCUUGCGUGAGCGUAAUGGAUCCAGGGAGUAAUCCCCAAGAAAAUUCGGAAAAUACCCCAUCUACAUCGCGUGAUACAGUAACUUGUCUAAGUUUGUUCAGCAUCUUGAAGGUGACGUGAGGCAGCGUUACGUGGAAAAGUGUUCCAGGUUGGGGAUUGCAGAUCCGUACAACUUGCCGCAAUCCUUGUUCAGGGAAAUUCGGAGCUGCGGUGCCGGCGAUUUGCCCGAUCUGGCCUACCACGACAUUUACAAUUUUCUUGUUAAUCGUGAAUCAUGUUACACUGGCAAAGCCCUCAAAGCUUACAAGAGCCUGGAAGCUUAUAAAUAUUUUGUUGCGGGACGGGUAUCCCAACUAUACCUCUGGAAGGUUCCGAAGAAGAAUGUCUACUUGAUAACCUCACGGGUAAGUGGCAUUAAGACGUUUAUCAUAAAGAGACUAUGCAGGACGUUUUAUCGUAAGAAUGUUCGAAAUCUAAACUCAGUUCCAGAUAAUGACAGGGUUGUAAAUAUGUUUUUGUCUGAAAAAAAAUAUCACGAAUCACCGACUAUGCAGUUAUCAUUCAAUCCGAAAAUCAACUUAACAGAUGUACUAGGAGUAUUGAAUUAGAAGAUUACACCUACCUGAUAUGAAGUGCUCACUACAAAUUCGGCUGGUAGCACUGGGGUUCCAGUUUUCUCUUCGCACAGCGGACACUCAUUUUGCGCGUCUCUCCUCGUCUGCGGGGAAUCUAUAAAAUGACAGGCCCUCCUUUUGGCCCUGUCUAUUGGUACGACCAAAUGCUGGACAAGAUAUAUAACCAUUCUCGAAAGAUCUACUCCCACACACUUGAUAAUUAGAACGGGUUCGUCUAAGUUCUAUGCGCGGCCAUGCCGUCCAAGAUGGCAGAUAAACAAAUAUCACGUGACCUCGUGACGUCAAUCUUCACUCUUGCUGGUAUUCACAUGCUGCUUUAAACACACGUUAGUGUCGCUGUUAUUAUUACUGACCAGCGUCUGUUAUUGCCUGUGAACAAGUGGAGCUGCUCGCCAGGGGAUCAUUUAAACAGGUGCAAUACAGCUCAGCUCCUGUAAACCCUUACCAUGUCCAUGCUAAUUAUCUGGGCAACAUUCUCUCACAGCAGGCAAGGUGUGAAUCUGUUGUAACAUUAAAACAGGAUCUGACUUCCUCUGGUCUCUGUGCUGCUCGGAGCUCAUCCUCAUGGUGUCCACUGAACAAAACUUUCAGAAGAUGGUUGUCGCAGAAUCACGUGAACAAUUCCCGGGAUAACAAUGCUUUUUUCAUUGGUUGUUGCGUUAUCGACCCAGAUACAAUAGUGCUUCUGAUUGGCUGUUGUGUAGCCCUGCCCUUUUCCUUUUUUUGAUUGGUUGGUAAGUGGCAGGCUCGACUCAUGGGAGACGCGCUUGUUUCCUGCUGUUUCCAUAGCGAUAGCGGCGCGCCAGAGAAAUUUAUAUUAUAAUUUUUUUUCAGCGUGAGAAAUACAAUGUGUGGCAGGAGUGCGUGACAAAAGACCGAAAAGCGUGACUGUCACGCUCAAUGCGUGAGACUUGAGAGCCCUGAUUUUAAUUACUAGCUAUUUCAAAAGAUCACGUACAGGUAGGAUACCAGUGGUUCCGUCGUGUAACAUUCGUUAUAACACUCAUACGUACUUAACAAGAGCUUAAGUCACUGGUCUGUCAGCGACAUGUUGCCUCCUUCACCGGUAGUGACGCACAGUCGUUGUUUUGUCUGAUUGGCUGGGCUGCAGUGGACUGGUCACUGACCCCGUGCUGCAAACACCAGUCUAAGAUAACACAUUAUCGGCCAGUGCUGGGUCGCGUCCCUAGGACAAUGGCGGAGUGUAAAGCUUACGGCUGCACAAACAACAAGCGCAGAAAUCCCGGGAAACGUUUCUUUUGUGUCCCUAAACCAACUGUUGACACAAAGUCAGAGUUGGCAAAACGUUGGCUUCAUGACAUCGGCACGGGUCACACCCUCAAAACGUUUCCGUUCGGACGGAAUUCAGUGGUAUGUAAAGACCGUUUCAAGCCGACCUGUUAUCGGCGGGAUCUUCAGGCUGAGUUGCUGGGCAGGAAGCCCAAGCAUUUACAUCUCCAACCAGAUGCUGUCCCGACAGAAUUCCUUCACAACAAGUCAAAGGAUGACAACAGACAACAAGAGCGUCUCGCCAAAAGGAACCAGCCAAAGCUGUGCAGUGCCGUUGCCAUGGAGAUCGCCAGUAAGGAGAUGGCGCGUGCACUUGGUCCUGAACCACAGCAAGAUGAAAACACAGUUCAGGAACAGAACGAGUGCAAAGUGACCUGGAGUGUACCAAAGACGGAGGAGGAUGUUUUGGGAGGAUCCAUUGAUGAUGGAUGCUGCAUAUGUGGGGGACGCUUUGCUUUUAACCACGUUAUUAAGCACGGCGAUGAAAUGUGUUGCCACUUGUGCCAGAUGAAAUUCUCCCAUAUCGACUCGCUGACCUUGCACCUGAAAAAUGGACAUCCUGGCAAUUAUCGUACGUUCUGUAAAAGCUGCACCGUGUACAUGAGGCGACAUCUACCAAAGGUGUGGAGUGUAGAAACUGACAAGAGCACAGAGACUCCAAAAGAGGAAAUUCUGGAUGAGGAGGUGGAGGAGGUCAUAAUUGAGGAGGAUGAGGUGGAAGUAAAGUAUGUGAAAGAAGAGGAGGAGGAGGAGGAGGUGGUGGGGAUUGUUGGAAGGACGGAGGAAGCAGAAGAAAACCGCAUUACAGAGACUCCAGAGGAUAAAACGAUAAUCAAUACAAGCUUGCAUGAUCAGAGCUAUUUCUCUGGAGAAACUAGCAGGGAGACGACAAAUAAUGUUGUCAUGUACACCAGCAGUGAAAAUGUGCUCGUUUUUGUUAAUAAAACGGACAACAACCGAAUAUCCCCGAUAGACUCAUAUACUGAACAUGACCAGCAGGGGACGCCAGUGGAUAAUCAAAUGGUGUGCAGCGUCAUCCAUGAUCACACAUACUUUUCCACUCAAAGCCUUGCAAACCAAGCUCCUAACACAUGCAGUUCCGUUUACAAAACUUCACGUGACGUGACACACUCCAGCACUGAUCACGUACACGUGUUUAAUAAUAAAGCCGACACUAGGAUGUCCCUUAAGGACCCAGAAAGCACUGAAAGUAUCCAGGAGCAGACGUGGACGCAUGAACUGGUGUACAGGAGCUUGCUCGAUCAUAAUUACGUCUUGAGACAAAACCUUGCAGAUUGCACUGUUCUCUCAAAACAAGUACCUUGCAGGUCGGGUACGCACGAAGCGAUCAAAGAAAAAUUGCUGAAAAAACAAAACCACAGAGGUAAUGUCGGUAUGACUCUGAGCUCCAGCGCAGCUAUGUUGGAAUCCUCCCAGCUGAAGGAUAACAUUAAGGUGGAAAAAGACCUUCAUGAGUUUGAACCUAUUCAGCAGGAGGAUGGAGGAGAAUAUGAGGAAAGUAUUCGGAGAAGUCGCUACGACGACCAUGACCCUUUAUGCAUAGGUGACUUGGUAUCCACAUCUCAAGAUGAUAUGAACUCAGAUACGCUGUCUUGCACAUCCACAGACUACGAAUACUUUUCGGAGGACGAUCAUCCAAGCGAAAGUUGGAGCGCUUGUCGGAAACAAGACUCUGAAAACACUAACCAGAAAUCACUUAACUCUGUGGAUUCAAAUCCUUCAACCAGUUCAGGGAAAGACCUCCAGAUCUGCCCUUGUUGUGGCCUGAGCAAAGUUCCCAACCCAGAAAAGUCUACCAAGCGAUGCACGUGUGCCCAAUCUUUUCCGUGUGCUCUCUCUGGAAGUGUGCAUAGCACUGAACAAAUGCGACUGAACCAUCAAGCAAAGAACCACCCUUCGACCAAAUAUGUGUGUGUGAGGUGCCUGCAGCUGUUUCCCAACCAGAAUGUUUUCAUGCAGCACAUUUGUAGCAAGUCCAGUGGGAUCAGUGGAGAGUCAUUAACCCCAUGUAAGAGCUCAAAGAAAGCAGAACCACCAGUGGUCAUGAUUCUGAAUGUUGUGCCCUCACCGACUGCAGAGUCUUCGACGCAAAGCAUCAGCAGUCAGAGAGUCAGCAUUAUGAAUACAGUUCAGAAUCUUGGGACUGGAUCAGAUUCCAUAUCACGUUCGUUACCCAAUAGUCCAUCCAUCUCUGCCAACCAAGAGGUCACGGCCACGAAGUUGUCAGGUUAUGCUCAGGAAAAGAAUGCACCAUGUCUAGUAUUAAAUGGACACCAAGGACAAGUGAUGACUCUAGUUUCUACAGCUGCACAGAAACAAAUUGGACAGAUGAAGGUUUUAAGGUCUUCACAGGCCAAAGUGGUGACUCAGACUCCUUCUUCAUCUUCUAUUUCUACCCAGCUCCAACUUUCAUCCCAAGGCCAACAACAAAUGGCACCUACUUCUCUAGUUACUCCGACAGAACAUGGACAGAUGCAGACGUUAACUCCAUUGCAGCCCAAAGUGGUGACCCACACUCCUCCAGGCAACGCAGAGCUGACAACAAGCAUCACCUUUCCUCAGCAGCACCCACCAUUCGGAGUUCACUUACCCAAGGGGAUCGUUUGGGGUCCCGUUCUACCCCAAGUCUUGAUCCCAUCCCAAACAGGCCAACUACCUGAAUCCAAUAUUCCAUUCCUGGACAUCUGUAGGUCUUCUCCAUCUUCCCAGAUCAUUCCUUCAUCCCAGGGACCUUUACAAAUAGUGGCUAUGUUUGUGAACCAGAGCAAGGAAAUGGCCCUGCAGAAGCGCAUGCUCCAGAGCUGGCGCUCCAAAGCCGUUUUCCCAUGCCGCCAGUGCGGCGCUGUGUCACGCCAGUUCUCACUGGGUGUGCGCCAUCGCUACCAGCACCGUGGGCCACGCAUCCACAGAUGCCAGUGUGGUCGAACCUUCCAGCAGCGCAUGCACUUGCUGCGCCAUCAGGUUCAGCAUGCUGAGGCCACGCGCUACGUCUGUGCUGCCUGCGGCCAGAUGUUCUGUGGUACGCAGCAACUGGCCUGCCAUAGGCCCUUCUUUAGGAUCGCACAAUCAAAUAGGAAAAAACAAGCAAAUAAACAGUGCAGGAACAUUUUUCAGUGCUAUUGCGGCCAUUCCUUUAUGAGACCCGCUGCCUUAUUGUGGCACAUGUUAAAAAACUCAAAAGCCCACAAGCCGUGCUUAAAAGGUUUCAGACGGACUUGAUUUUGUUGGGUUUGUUUGUUUGUUUGUUUGUUUAUUUUGACCGUAAAUUACUGUUGAAAUUGAAGUUGCUUAAGUUUCAAAGUGAAAUGGAGCGCUGUCACUAAUAAAAUGGCUAUAUUUUUCUGCUGUAAAGCAAUCCGAAAUGGACAGUUGGGCAUCCAAAUUCCUGUGGUGUUUGCUCCACCCAAUAAUCAUGAAUUAUUGUGGGGAGUUUGAUGAAUGUACGCUCAUUACUACAGUCCAUUGUUAUAUAAAAACGGCUGCUUUGUGAAUGUUUUAUUUACUGUUUGGAUUAAAUUUCUUGGGCAGACAUUUCUUGCGGACGUAUUUCAAAACUA